UACCCUGAAUCUAUCCCAGGAGAAUGCCGAAUACGCAGCCAGGAUGGGAUGCGAGCCUGCGCGUAGAUGGGCAGCCAAAUGGCCACAAGGUCUUGACCUACUUCUUGCAGCAGGCCGACACGCAAGAAACCAAACGAUCUUACAGUUCUUUCUGGAGGUGGUGGAAUCGAGCGGGACGACGCACGAGCAACUGUUGCAUUUCGACCUUGGUCUGCGACCAAAGCACUUUGCGCCACUUAUGGGCAGCGGAAUUUUCACCCAGAACGGAAAAGCAUGGAAACACUCUCGGGAGCUUCUUCGUCCGCAGUUUGCAUCGAAUCGUCACCAGAAUUUCGACGAGAUAAGAAGGUGCGUCGAGAACUUAGUGUCCAACAUAUCCGAAGACGGCAUUGUGGAUCUACAGCCGUUGUUCUUUCGGCUUACAUUCGACACGACUACUUUUCUCUUGUUUGGGCAGACUUCGAGCUCUCUACAAAACGAUCACAUCGCGGCGCAAGAAUCUGAGUUCGCGUCUGCGUUCGACCUCGCUCAGGAAUAUUUGUCUCACAGAGGUCGUUUGGGUGCCUACUACUGGUUGGCGAAUACUUCGGAGUUCCGACGAGCCUGUAAGACUUCUCAUCAGUUUGUUGACCAGGCCAUCGAGACGGCUUUGAUUGCUGCAGAUGAAUCACAACGUGCGGAGAAGACAGAAGAGAAAGCAAAGCGGUAUGUGUUCAUUGAUGCUCUCAUACAGGAGACUCGGGACAAAAANCAACUACGUGAUCAAUGCCUGAAUGUUCUGUUGGCGGGGAGAGACACAACCGCAUGUUGCCUCACAUGGACUCUACGGCUCUUGGCCAGACAUCCCAGAGUCAUGGAAAAGCUUCGUACAGAAAUUGAUCACGUCGUUGGAUUGGGGAAGGAUGCGCCCCAGCCCACUCGUGAACAAUUGAANAAGAUGCACUAUCUCGAAAUCGUUCUCAAAGAGGUUCUCCGCCUGUAUCCUUCGGUCCCUGUCAACUCCCGUGCCGCAUUGAAGACCACUACGCUUCCUGUUGGUGGAGGCUCUGACGGCCUAUCACCCAUUCUUGUCAGGAAAGGAGAAGCUGUUGGCUUCUGCGUGUAUGCAAUGCACAGACGCAAGGAUAUAUAUGGAGAAGACGCGCUUACUUUCAGACCCGAGCGCUGGGAGGAUGGAAAGCUCCAGCGAGACGUUGGUUAUGGAUAUCUCCCUUUCAACGGAGGACCUCGCUUAUGCUUGGGACAAGAAUUUGCUAUGUUGGAGGCGUCUUACACUGUGGCAAGACUUGUUCAGCAGUUUCCGUUCAUCACUGUACCUGAAGGCGAUCCCAUCGUCGACAUUGGCAAGGAAAAGCAGAUAUUGACGCUCGUGGUCGCUUCUGGUGAGAGAUGCCGGGUUCAGAUGCGCCCGAACGUCACGACU